AACGACACUUGCAAGUAUACCUUGUAAGCACCUUUUUGCCGACGCCAAGCAGGCACUCGCCCAAGUCAGGAACUCAAAAGCCUCGUUGUCCGGACUCUGGAGACCAAUGGCGUCCUUGGACAAAUUCGGGCGGAGCUUCGAGCAAAUGUCUACAAGGCCAUCGACUGCGACGAAGAUUUCGGAGCUUCGACGGCGGUGCGCUCUGCCAAGUUGACAAAGUCACCAGUGGGUCAGUUGAUGGCUGAGAUCGUGGCCGAGUUUUUUGAGUUCUACCAGUUCAGGCACAGUCUUUCGGUCUUUCUCCCAGAGUCGAACCUUGGAAAGGAGCGCCGCAGCCGUGCCGAGGUUGCCGUGGAUGCUGGAUUGAUCCGGGUUCAUUCAGAGACCUCCAUCUUGGAGCAGCUCAUGAGCCUCACGUCCAGCAGCUCACACAAGAUGAGUGGAGAGGGGUGGCAUUCCAGUGCCAGCUCAACGACGGCAUCCUCGCCCCCACCACAGUUUGCCGCAUCCAUGGCAUCUACACGUCAUUCAGCCUGGGAGAGCGGAGGAAAUGAUACGCCGCCAGCAGGACAGAUGCGACAUCAAGGUGAUCGCACUCGGGACUUGGUCGGAGGGGCAACAGUGCUGGAUGCUUUGAGUUCAGCUGUUGGGCACGACGUGCGGCACGACGUGCGGCACGACGUGCACAAAGGAACACGCACUGCAGAUGAAAGAAAAGAGGAGGCUCCGCCGAAAGAGGAGGAGGUCAUUGAGGAGGUCAAAGAGCGGCGUGGCAAGCCCGCCCCGCGCACCAAGCUGCCAUCGCUGGGUACCUCACUCAACGGUGGCAAGGAAUUGCUGCCUCCGCUUCGCGGCGUGGGGCUAGCAAGUAGCUUGGGCUCCCGCGGCGCGGUGUCUGGAAUUCAUACUCCUGAGGAGGAGGUGUCGCUGGGUGAGCAAUCUGGAGGAGCCUCCGAAUCCGGAGGAGCCUCCAGCGAUCUGUUGGACGAGGUGGAUCGGCAACUUGCCAUACUGAAUCGGCCUGGGAACAGAGUAGGCCUCACGCCUGAAGCGGUGAGCAGAGAGGGGGAUGGCCUUGAGGCCUCUGCCUCUGCAAGUGCUGGGGCGGAUCAUUGAGAAUCCAAGGCUCCGAGGCGAGGGCGCCAGGACCAUACUGUAUACUAGCUGAGCCGAGAGCGGCAAUGAUCCGUGUAUAGCCAAGCCUCGAACAUGUGUAUGGUGACGGGCACCCACUCAGAAUCGAAC